CCCUACGACAUCACCCAAAGCAGCCACUGUACCCAUAACAGCACCUUCUACAUGCAGACCUUUGGCUAUAACACCGUUGAUGUUGUGCCCAACUAUGAAAACUAUGCCAACACCAAGAUCUCUAGUGAAAUUAAGAAGCCAAGACCAACACUUGCAGAUCUGCACUCCUUUCUUAAGCAAGAAAAUAGCCACCGGUACCCACCGAGAUACGAAGCCCACAGAAGCAACAGCUUCUCAGAAGGAGCGGCGGAAGAAGAGGCUGCUAAGGAGAAAGAGAAGAAUCAAGGAGAGCCCGUCCGAUUUGGGUGGGUCAAAGGGGUGAUGAUUCGUUGCAUGCUUAACAUCUGGGGUGUGAUCCUGUACCUCCGGCUCCCUUGGAUCACUGCGCAAGCAGGCAUCGCGCUGACAUGGGUGAUCAUUUUAAUGUCUGUGACCGUGACCACCAUCACAGGAUUAUCCAUUUCUGCCAUCUCCACCAACGGCAAAGUCAAAUCAGGGGGGACUUACUUCCUCAUUUCGAGAAGCCUUGGGCCAGAGUUGGGUGGCUCCAUCGGUCUCAUCUUCGCUUUUGCCAAUGCCGUGGCCGUGGCCAUGCAUACCGUGGGCUUUGCAGAAACAGUGCGCGAUCUUUUGCAGGAAUAUCACUCAAGCAUGGUGGACCCUACCAAUGACAUCCGCAUCAUUGGGGUUGUCACUGUGACAGUACUGCUUGGGGUAUCCUUGGCAGGGAUGGAGUGGGAAGCCAAGGCUCAAGUUCUCUUUUUCGUGGUGAUCAUGAUUUCGUUCAUCAACUACCUGGUGGGGACAGUUAUUCCACCCAGUGAGGAGAAGCAGGCCAAAGGAUUUUUCAGCUACCGAGCCAACAUUUUUGCUCAGAACUUUGUUCCCAAUUGGCGAGGGCCUGAUGGCAGCUUUUUUGGUUUGUUUUCCAUCUUCUUCCCAUCAGCCACUGGCAUCUUGGCAGGAGCCAACAUUUCAGGUGACUUGAAGGAUCCUGCUGUGGCAAUUCCUAAAGGAACCCUCGUGGCUAUUUUUUGGACAACCGUGUCAUAUCUGGUUCUUUCGGCUACAAUUGGUUCGUGUGUUGUCCGUGAUGCCUCUGGAAGCAUUAAUGAUACUGUCCUCGCUGGUUCCAUGGGUUGUGAAGGCAUUGCUUGUGGCUACGGAUGGAACUUCACGGAGUGUACACAGACCCAUAGCUGUCAACAUGGACUCAUCAAUUAUUAUCAGACCAUGAGCAUGGUUUCUGGCUUUGCCCCUCUCAUCACAGCUGGAAUUUUUGGGGCCACUCUCUCUUCGGCUUUGGCAUGCCUCGUCUCAGCCCCCAAAGUGUUCCAGUGUCUUUGUAAGGAUGAACUCUACCCGGCCAUUGGCUUUUUUGGAAAGGGCUAUGGAAAAAAUAACGAACCCAUCAGGGGUUACCUGCUGACGUACCUCAUCGCGGUGGGCUUCAUUCUGAUUGCGGAACUGAAUGCUAUCGCUCCCAUCAUCUCCAACUUCUUUCUGUGCUCCUAUGCGCUCAUCAAUUUCAGCUGUUUCCAUGCCUCCAUUACCAACUCACCAGGUUGGAGACCCUCCUUCAGGUAUUAUAGCAAGUGGGCAGCCCUGUUUGGGGCCAUCGUUUCUGUCGUUAUCAUGUUCCUGCUAACCUGGUGGGCUGCCCUCAUUGCCAUUGGGAUUGUGGUGUUCUUGCUCGGAUACGUUCUCUACAAGAAGCCUGGUGUAAACUGGGGGUCCUCUGUUCAAGCUGGUUCCUAUAACAUGGCCCUAAAUUAUUCUGUGAGUCUCAAUGAGGUGGAUGACCACAUUAAAAAUUACAGGCCUCAAUGCCUCGUCCUGACCGGUCCUCCUAAUUUCCGCCCAGCACUGGUCGAUUUUGUAGGCACUUUUACAAAAAAAUUGAGUUUGAUGAUCUGCGGGAAUGUGUUGAUCGGGCCCUGCAGACCGGCGAAUGCUGAAGUGGGACUUGCUUCCAAAGGCCACACCAAGUGGCUGAUCAAGAGAAAAAUCAAGGCUUUCUACACAGGCAUCUCAGCAGAGGACCUGAGAACUGGAGCACAAGUCCUUAUGCAGGCUUCAGGUCUUGGCAGAAUGAAACCCAACAUUCUUGUGCUUGGAUAUAAGAAGAACUGGCAGGCAGCACAUCCCCAGACAGUGGAAGAAUAUAUCGGAAUCCUGCACGAUGCUUUUGACUUCAAAUACGGAGUGUGCGUAAUGCGUGUGAAGGAGGGACUCAAUAUUUCUCGGAUCAUGCAGGCUCACGUUAAUCCAGUUUUUGAUCCAGCAGAUAUUCCUCAGAAGAACAGUGAAGUACCUGCUGUAAUGGACACAUUGGAUCCUGAUGCCCUGGUGGCAGAACAACAGGCAAGCACCAUUUUCCAGAUGGAUCAAGGCAAGAAAACUAUUGACAUCUACUGGCUGUUUGACGAUGGAGGGCUGACUCUUCUCAUCCCUUAUCUCCUUGGCCGCAAAAAGAGAUGGGGGAAAUGCAAGAUCCGAGUGUUUGUCGGUGGGCAGAUCAAUCGAAUGGACGAGGAGCGGAAGGCGAUUGUCUCUUUAUUAAGCAAGUUUCGGCUUGGAUUUAAUGAGGUUCACGUCCUUCCGGACCUUAACCAGAAGCCCCAACCUGAACAUGUGAAGAGAUUUGAUGACUUAAUUGCUCCGUUCAGACUGAAUGAUGGUUUCAAAGACGACGCUGCGGUGAACGAGAUGCGACAUGGCUGCCCGUGGAAAAUUUCCGAUGAAGAGGUUGCAAAAAACACAGCUAAGUCACUUCGACAAGUGAGAAUGAAUGAAAUUUUGCUGGAUUACUCUCGGGAUGCUGCCCUUAUUUUCAUAACUAUGCCAGUUGGCCGGAAGGGGUGUCCCAGUAGCCUGUACAUGGCUUGGCUGGAGACUCUCUCGCAAGAUCUGAGGUCUCCCGUGAUCCUGAUCAGAGGCAACCAGGAAAAUGUCUUGACUUUUUACUGUCAGUAG